GUAUUUUUCGCGCUGAUUGGGAGUAUAGUUUCCCGCAAGCCUUCAUUCAAGUUGAAUGUUUUCAAGAUGAUUCAGACUAUUUUCCAAUUUGAUAACUAUUCGAGAAAUUUAACAGCGGAGUGAGGGUGCAGCUGGAUAGGAUGGAGAGUAAGGGACGGUCUGGAGUGGAAAGUGCCAAUAAGGGAAGGUCUCUGCCCUCCAUGCCUGAGCCACUGAACCCUGUCAGCAUGAAGCAGCCAGCAGAGUCACUGGUAGCGAGGAAGGUUCGGGGUGGGGCGGAUCUUGGGGCAGACCCGGUCCUCUUGAUGGACAAGGCCGCCGCCCACCUGGCCGUGACACUUCAGGACAGCGUUCUAAACAAGAUGGCCACACAUGGUCACAACCACAAUAUCCACAGCCACGAGAGGCUGAAGGACCUUACGUCUCGCAUGCUCAAUGGGGACCAGGACAAACUGCCCAAGCUGUGCCCCCCACACCCUGAGCCCCCCAUCCUGAAGGGUGCCGAUGCCCACCCCGCUUCCCAGAGGAAAGCUACCUCUCCUGAGAUUAAAUUACAAAUCACCAAGGUGGUGGCCAAGGGAAAGCCGCUUUGCUGCGAGCCGUGCUGUGGAGAGGGACCCCACCUGCCCAUGGCCACAGAGGGACUUUUGACUCCGGCGAACAAGGAGGGUCGGAAGAGAAGACCCAUCCUCCCCAAACCUCCGCUCCAAAACAUAUUUGGCUCAAGCCCUGUUCAUCCUUCAGAGGUGUCAUCUGUUAGUCAGCCGGCCGAGGUGGCUGCUACUCCCCAACAGGUCACUCAACUUGUAGUCAAGGAGGAGCAAGGUCUGGAGAAGGAGGUGCAGAAGGAGGUCCAGGGAGUGUUUUCCAUGGGGGACGUGGUCUGGACCAAGGUGUCAGGGUAUCCAUGGUGGCCGUGCUUAAUCACUACUGACCCCGAACUCCACACUCACUUGAAACUCAGAGCCAUUAACAGCCAAUCGACUGGCAUCAUGUACCAUGUCCAGUAUUUUGGAGGCACGCCGGAGCGGGGCUACAUUUCUGAGAAGAAUGUGGUGUUGUUCAGUGGUGAAGAACAGUAUGUUGAGCUCUGCUACGGCAACAAACAGCCGUCCUCCCGGGUUGUAGUCAAGAAGAGUACAUCUCCCUCCGUGCCCAAGAAGCUCCAUGCCCAGUGGGUGGUGGGCAUUACUCAGGCCAAGGAGGCUGCCAGUCUGGCCCUGGAGGACCGAUUAGCCAAGUACACCUUUACCUACAGUGCUGACGGUCCACACCUCAACCCCCAUUUGCUGGCUAAUUCAGGACCAGAGCAGACCCAAGCCCGGUCACAGGGGCAGGAAUCAUCCAGACUCAGCCCCGUGCUGCCCAGCUCACCGGUGCAGGCCACACCCAAAGACAUCAGCACUUCACUGGAGAAGAGACAGCGAGGGGGCUCCAGGACGACAGGAGGGUCAGAAAAACAAGGAAAACAGAAGCUGACUGCCUCAAUACUGAAAAGGAAAACGACUAAAAAAACAAACGCCCUGGUCUCCCAUAAAGGACCAACCCCUUCUCAGGAUGUUCGCUACCCCGCCUCAGAGACUGAACAACUUGAACCUCGGAAGCUGAAACAGAAGUCCAAACAGACUCAACUACUCACCAAGUCCAGGUGGAAGAAAUCCAAAGUGGAUGUCCUGACUGCCAGCCACCCAAAAAUCAUUUUAACUGCACCGUCUUUGAUAGCUAAGAAAGUUCCCAAAACCAAGACCUGUACCCGUAAAGAACCACUAAAGACAAAACCUGGAGGGAAGAAGGGUCCUCAGAAGAAGCAGCCUAGCAAAAAGCAGCCAAGUAAACAGUCUGGUAAGCGUGCUCUGGAGGAGAAUGAGGAGGAGAAAGACCAACAGCCUAAGAAGAGACGUAGAGUUGGUGACAAACCUCAGGUGGUGGCAGCAGGCUCCUCGGCCCCCACCAAGAAUAGAAUCAGAAAGAAACCGGAGACUGAUGUCCGGAAGAGGGGUUUCGCUAGCUCUAAAUCGCUGGAGGACAAGGAGCCAUCGAAGCCCAAGCGAAUCAGGAAGACGCGGCAGGAUUCUGCAUCCUCACAGACUAAGAAGAGGAAGCGAGCCACAGCCAGUCCAGAGCCAGAAGGCUCCGGCAGUGAAGAGCGUCCUGAGUCGCCCAGUGACAGCAUCGAUGAGACCAGCGGGGCCAAGAAGGCCAACGGAGGCUCCAAGAAGGAGUCCGUCUGUCAGGUGUGUGAGAAGGCUGGAGAGGACGUGUUGCCAUGUGAGGGACAGUGCUGUGGAUCCUUCCACCUCUCCUGUGUAGGCCAAGACCUCAAGCUGCCGGGCAAACUGCUAUGCCCAGACUGCACUUCAGGGGUCCACCCAUGUUUCAGCUGUAAGGGUUCGGAGGGGGAGAUGCGUCGCUGCGGUGUGCAGCAUUGUGGGAAGUUCUACCAUGACGCCUGCCUCCGCCCCAACCCGCUCACCGUCUUCGACAACAAGGGCUUCCGCUGUCCACUGCACACCUGCCUCAGCUGCCAUUACAGCUGCCGCUCCAAUCCCAAGGCCAGCAAGGGCAAAAUGAUGCGCUGCUUGCGCUGUCCGGUUGCCUAUCAUACGGGAGAGAUGUGUGUCGCUGCCGGGAGUGAAAUGUUGACCCCCACCACCAUCAUCUGUACGCACCACUUCACUGCCAAGAAGGGGUACAGCCACCAUGCACACGUCAACGUCAGCUGGUGCUUUGUAUGUUCCAAAGGGGGCCAGCUCUUGUGCUGUGAGUCCUGUCCAGCAGCGUUCCAUCCAGACUGUUUGAACAUUGCCAUGCCAGAUGGGAGCUGGUUCUGUAAUGACUGCAGAGCCGGGAAGAAACCUAAAUACAAAGACAUCAUCUGGGUAAAACUGGGCAACUACAGAUGGUGGCCUGCGGAGAUCCAGCACCCCCGUAACAUCCCCACCAAUAUCCAGCACCUUCGCCACGAGAUUGGAGAGUUCCCCGUGUUCUUCUUCGGUUCUAAGGACUACUUCUGGAUGCAUCAGGGAAGAGUGUUCCCAUACAUGGAGGGAGACCGUGGCAGCAAGUUCCAGAAGACUGGCAUCGGCAAAGUCUUCAAGAACGCACUGUUGGAAGCAGAGAAUCGCUUCAUGGAGGUAAAGAUGGAACGGGAAGCCAAGGAGGCACAGGAGAACGACCGCAAGCCACCUCCGUAUAAAUACAUCAAGGUCAACAAGCCGUGUGGCCGGGUGCAGGUCUACACAGCCGACCUAUCGGAGAUCCCCAAGUGUAACUGCAGGCCCACAGAUGAGAAGCCAUGCGGCUUUGAGUCAGAGUGUCUGAACAGGAUGCUGAUGUACGAGUGCCACCCCCAGGUGUGCCCAAGCGCAGAGCGGUGCUGCAACCAAGACUUCACCAAGAGACUCUACCCAGAGACCAAGAUUGUCAAGACCGCAGGCAAGGGUUGGGGCCUGGUGGCACUGAGAGACAUUAAGAAGGGUGAGUUUGUUAAUGAGUACAUCGGAGAGCUGAUCGACGAAGAGGAGUGUCGCUCCAGAAUCAAGUACUACCAGGAGAAUGACAUCACUCACUUCUACAUGCUCACCAUCGACAAGGACCGGAUCAUUGAUGCUGGCCCCAAAGGGAACUACUCACGUUUCAUGAACCAUAGCUGUCAACCAAACUGUGAGACGCAGAAAUGGACCGUGAAUGGAGAUACAAGGGUGGGCUUGUUUGCUGUCUGUGACAUCCCUGCAGGGACAGAACUCACCUUCAACUACAACCUGGAUUGCCUUGGUAAUGAGAAAACUGUAUGUCGUUGCGGUGCUCCAAACUGCAGCGGUUUUCUUGGUGACCGGCCCAAGACAUCUGGUGGUCCGGCUACAGAGCCCAAGGGUAAGAAACUCAAGAAAAAGGUGAAGAAGCGGCGCAGUCGCAAUGAGGGGAAGAAGUCUGAGGACGAGUGUUUCCGCUGUGGGGAUGGAGGGCAGCUGGUUCUCUGUGACAAGAAGAGCUGCACCAAAGCCUACCACCUGUCCUGUCUGGACCGCACCAAAAGACCCUUCGGUCGGUGGGACUGCCCCUGGCACCAUUGUGAUGUUUGUGGGAAGCUGUCUGAGGCUUUCUGCCAGCUGUGUCCCAACUCCUUCUGCAAGAACCACCAGGAGGGGGCGCUGCGGCCCUGGGCCCCAACCGGUCAGCUCUGCUGCCAGGAGCAUGACAACCCCUAACCUAAGCCUACCCCAACACCCUGUCCUGGAGGAGACUCAGGUCGUACUGUCCCCUGGGCCCCGAAAUGUUCCAGAACACACCAGGAGGUACUGGUCUUGCAACCGAAGCCUGACCUCUGACCCUUAACCCCAGACUGGGAGACACCUACUCAUAAAAAAAUCUCUUCAAGGUGACAGAUAGAAAGCACUGUAUGUAUGAUGUCAUGACCUCUCACCAGGAACAUGCUCUACAGCUCUUUCAAACAAUCAGCUUCUUUUACACUCAACUGGCCGAUAGUUUUUUUUACUCUGAUGCUGGUGGUCAAUCUGGUCCUUUUACACUCAGCCGGCUGGCCAAUCCGGUCCGUUUACAUUCAGAUGGCCAAUCAGGUGCUUUUACACUGAGACAGCUAGCCAAUCAGGUCAUUUUACACUGAGACAGAUGGCCAAUCAGGUCCUCUUACAUUCAGAAGGCCAAUCAGGUCCUUUUACGUUCAACUGGUCAAUCAGGUCCCUUUACAUUCAGAUAGCCAAUAAGGUCCUUUUACACUCAGCUUGUAACUAGUUGGUAACUCAUCUGCACUGAGUGAACACCUGUGGUGGAACAGUACCAAGCAUUAUCCUCUCCUCCCCUCGUAGAUGACUUGGAAUGGUAGAGCUUGAUAUUAUAUAUAUGUGGGUAUAUGAAAGACCAAAAUUAUAAUAAUACGGGAAUAAUGUUAGUACCAGGCUGACAGAUUGAAUCUGUUUGUUUUUUUAUAUAUAUACAUAUAUGUGUAUAUAUAUAAGUAUUAUUGUUAAUCACAAGAAGACAACACUAUGGAUUGGUCUUGAAUUACGUGUUUCCUUUAAUAGCCAUAGGAUACAUUUAACUAUAGACAAGUACUGAAUAUUGUUUUAAUUUUUUGUAGUUUAUUUUUUAUUUUAUUAAUGCUAGUACUGAGUUGUGAUAUCAACCUGUUCAGAAACAGUGAUAUUAAAGCACAAAUCUAAAACCUUAUUGUUGAUGUUUACUCAAAGAUCUUACUGUGGAAUAUUAUUUUGGACUUUUAUCUCUCCUCUUUCCGUCAGCCUCUCCCAAUGUGGUCCUGUAAAAACACUUACAGGCUUUAAACAGUUAACUCUGCAGCGGCAAAUGUUGAAUAUUGACGAGUGAGAAGAGAAUGUCUCGUAAUCAGUUAACGCAGUUUGAUUCCUGACAGUUGUUGCAUUUGGUCUUUCCACAGCAUCAAGUAAGAAGAAUAGUCUGUUUUUUUCUUCCUUAAGGUGCAGGUGACUUUUUAAAAUGUCAUCUUGUAAAGUUUUCUUUUAGAGUUGGAGUUCUGUUCUGUCAAAUCACAGAUGAAACUUGCUAAAAUUUUGGUUUAAACCAUAGUUGGUCUGGUUAAUUUCUGUUCUUAAUGUUCUUAUGUUGAAAUAGUUUUCUCAUUAAGUAUCAUAAACAGGAAUAACUCGUUUAUGCCAAACUGUUAGUUAAGAAAGAAUGCAAAAUAAAAAUGUUGUAACAGAAGCCUUUUUAAAAAAGCCUUUUUUUAUUUAAAAAAGCAAGAUUUGAGGCACCAUUGGUGCAGCAUUGCUGGUUUGACAUAUCUUUAGCCUCUGGCAUGAACUCAUAUUUUCAAUAUCAACAAAUACCUGUGCCUCUAUUGGAAUGAAGACUUUCACUGAAGUCAUUUUAUUAUUUUGGUUUUAUCCCGUCCAGUUUGACGGUUGAUGUUUAGGCGAACCCCUUCAGGAGGUCAGUCCUGGUUCUGCUGUCAGGUUCAGAGUUUUUACAUCCACUGAGAGAAGCCUGUUGAAUGUUUCCCUGUUUGGUCUGAUGGAAGUGUAAAAAAAAGGGCAAAAGGCCACCUUAUUUUUGUUCAUAGUUCUAAACUUUUUUUUUUUUUUUUUAAAGGGACACAAGUGCAACAACUGGUCCUUUUGUGUACCGAAGUUUGCUAGCCUUUUCACCAUCUACGCACAGAUGCUUUUCACCCUAACUCCUCUCUGUCUUUGUGUUUUAACACAACUUGAGCUCUCUCUGUUUAAUCCAGCCCUCUCUUCCAUUCUGUUUAACCCAGCCUUCUCUAUCUCUGUUGAGCCCAACCCUCCGGUCUGCCAAUGGCCUGGCAGUAGCUGUACCUUCAUCCAGCCUGGAGAUGGUGGCUGGAUGAAUGUAGUUAAACCAGUUAGUUAAUGUAAGCACUGUACUCCACUAUAAAGAGGUGUUGUGGUGUUUAGGAGUUUUGUAACUGCUGUUGUAGUAACCAGAGACUAUUGUGUAAAUACUGUAAAAGGGGACUAGUGAUGCAUUUAUUGUAAAUAUCAUACAAUGUCUACGAUUGUAUGCUUAAUGCAGGACUGACAGUACCCUUUUUGUGCAGGACUUUUUGAAUCAUGCAAUAAAAGUGUUUAAACCAUCA